AUGAAACAAUGUCUUGUUGUUGAAGAAGAAUUAAGUAAUAGUUUAGUAAUAGUCGAAAAUCGAUUUCAAGCGUUACACGUGCAUAGCGAUAUUAAUGUGAUUGCGAAUGAAGCCAAUGAUUAUCGACACGAAUGUUUGGCUGAAGAAGAACUGAUUGAAAAUCUCAAGCAAGUCAUUCAUCGCUUUAUGACUCGUACUGAUCGUCGAUAUGCAUAUAAUACACGAAUGUCUUGGUCCACUGAUCAUGGUCACUACAAUGUAGUUCUUUCCAUCGAUCAAUCUGUUCCUCGAAAAUAA